AUGGAUGUAUGGUCCAUGAGCAGUAGGAAGUUUCAAAAGGCUAGCAUGGUUUCCCCUUCUUUUGCAGAGAAGCUAGAGAGCUUAAUGGAAUCUAAGGAGACAAAAGAGCUUCAAAUAUUUGCAGUAACUGCCUGGAACAUAUGGAAAAGGAGAAAUGAAGUGGUCUUCCAGGGGCACCUCACUCAUCCUUCUUCAGUAGCAAGCCAUUCAAAACAACUGGUAGAAGACUUGCAUAAGCUAUCGGUGAACAAGAAGGCAAGGGUGCUGAAGCAACAAACCAUCCAAGCGUGGGAGGCUCCCUCUCAAGGCAAAGUUAAAGCAAACUGGGAUGCUUCAGUAGAUAAAGCUUCGGGCAAAGUGGGAGUGGGAGUUGUACUGCGUGACUGGAAUAGCAAGGUGAUAGCAACAUUGCGUAUGGUGCAGGAGUUAUUCCCUGAUCCUCACAUGGCAGAAGCCUAUGCAGCCCUACAGGCUGUUAUGUUAUGUAAUUCACUUGGUCAUCGGGAUGUUGUUCUGGAGGGGGACUCCUUGCUGGUGGUAGAAGGCCUAAAAUCACAGUCAAAUGCUCCCAACUAUGUAGGACAGAUUGUGGCAGACACCAAAGAGAUUCUCAACACGUUUAGUUCGUGGUCAGUGAGGCAUGUUGUAAGAGCAACCAAUGAAGUUGCUCAUGCCUUGAGUAGGGAUGCUUUUAAAAUCAGUGGUAGUACCACUACUUUUGUACACAUCCCACCUUGUAUUCAAACUAUGGUUUCAUAG